AUGGCUCCAGAGAAUGUAGAACAACAGGAUUCUAGUCCAGGCCGGCCAUUCUUAACAACAGCCCAAGUUCCAUCACGUCAGUCGGCGCCAUCAGCUCGAAAUUCUCGUCUGCCUCCUACUUGUGCACUCUGCCAACAGAGAAAGGUCCGAUGUGACCGACAGAGUCCUUGUUCCACCUGCAUCAAAGCAAAGGUCGAAUGUGUCACCCAGACGCUGCCAGGCCGCCACCGGAAAAGACGAUUCCCCGAGAGAAAGCUUCUGGAACGAUUGAGGGAGUAUGAAGCCUUACUUCGCCAGAACGACAUAGAGUUCGAGCCUUUGCACAAUGAUACGCCGCGGGGCUUGCGUCAACAUCCAGGUGAAUCCGAAUCUGAGGGCGACUCUCCCAAGGGUACCCGGUUCAACAGCCCUGAUGCAGAGCCGCCAUUGCCCGAUAGUCACCAUCAGGAUACUGAUAUCAUACCCUUGCAGUUUCGCCAUCCAGUGUCGCCAGUCGAUUCCCCAGAAGGGGACAUUGGACAGUCCGUCGUCCAAGGCGCGUGGGAUCAGUUUUACGGGAACGAUGACUAUCUCUUAUUCAGCACAGGAAUGGAGCCAGGGAGACUUGUCUCACUACACCCGCAACCGGCCUGGAUUCUCUGGUUCUGGCAGAUCUACCUGGACAAUAUCGACCCAGUGCUCAAGAUCACCCAUGCGCCGACCCUCCAACGACAGAUCAGUGAAGCUAGCAGGAACCUCAGCCAGACGAGCCCUGCUCUGCACGCCUUGAUGUUUUCCAUAUACUGUGCUGCUCUGUUUUCUAUUACCGACGACGAAUGCCAUAGCAUCUUUGGCGAAUCCAAGAAUACACUGAGUCUACGGUACCGGAGUGGUUGUCGGCAUGCGCUCGUCAACGCCGGCUUCCUACGCACGUCGGACUUACAAGUUCUGGCGGCUCUUUUACUCUUUCUGGUGACAAUCACGAGCAAGGACAUUGACCCACGAUCACUCUCCACUCUGACCGGAAUUCCGGUGCGCAUAGCUCAGAGGAUGGGCCUCCACAGUGAAUCGCAUAAUACCACGUUCGCUCCUUUUGAAGCUGAACUGCGCCGAAGGCUGUGGUGGCAGAUUAUUCUCCUUGAUAGCAGGACUGGUGAAAUGGCGGACUGCAAGGCUUCGAAUCUGGUUCCCACCUGGGACUGCAAACUACCUCUGAAUGCCAACGACAGUGACCUCUCUAUGCACGGCAGGGGGUCGCUUCCUACUGGAGCAGAUCUUACUGAGGCUCUGCUUAUUAUGAUCAGAACCGAGAUAGCCGAGUUUGUACGACAUGCGGACUUCCACCUCGAUUUCGCCUCGCCGUCGCUCAAGGGCAUGGCUGACAAGUCGGCGCAACAACGCUCAGUUGACCAACUGGAACACAUGAUCGAGAAUAAAUAUCUCAUCCAUUGCCAUGACCAAGUUCCACUGCACUUCAUGGCGAUCUGUAUUGGUCGCAGCCUCAUCUGCAAGUGGCGGCUUUCCGAGCACCUUUCCAAGAUCUCCAAUACCGAUUUCACGCAGUCGGGGGCAUACCGUGACAUGAUCCUCUCUACUGCGAUCCGUAUGAUCGAAAUCGAUACCAAGAUACGCACAAUCAAAGCCAAAGGCUUUCUUUGGGUUGCUAAUUUCCAUUUUCCCUUCCCGGCAUACGUCUACCUCACUCAGGAGCUGAGGCGUCGAACCACUGGCCCGUUAGUUGAGCAAGCAUGGGAUGCCAUGUCUGCCAAUUACGAUGCUCGCAAUUUUCACUACGUAGGAGCAAGGUCAAACAUUUACAGAUCAUUCGGUCAAAUGCUCCUCAAAGCCUGGGAAGCUCGUGAAAACUGUCUAGCAGAAAUGGGUGCACCAACCCCAGCACCACCUACAGUAAUCGCAUUGAUCCGGACUGAGCUGGCGGCACAGAGACAGCCUGGCUUAAUGCGCCAGAAUCCUACAGUCGACUUUCGGAUGGAUGCAGCGAGUGGAUAUGCAUGGACUCCCGUGGAUUCCUCACCCGCGACCGUUCGCCCGGAAGGCAAUACUGACCUGGUAGACUUGGGGCCGGCUGACUGGAUGUUCAUGACCGAUGUGGUAGGAGAUAUUGUGUACGGAGGUGGACCGUCUUGGGACACUGGUAUAUGA